AUGAUUCAAACUUUGGAUUUAGACAAAAAAUAAUAAUAAAUUAAAGGUAUUUAACAAAAUAAUGAAUAAACACUUGAAUAAGCUAUUCCAUUUUUUUAAAUUAAAUUAGGAAUAGAACUAAAAUCAAAAAAAAAAAUGUAAUAAUAUUAAAUUAGAAGAAAUGGUAGGAGGCUAAUGAAAAAAUAAAUUAAUAUUUAAAAUUUUUAGAAAAACAAUCAUCAUUCGCAACUUUUUUUUAAGGUAAUUCUAAUUUAUUUAUGUAAUUUAGGUAUUUCUUUAAUUGAAAUUAAUCAACCUGGAAAAGGAAUUAUAUUAAGAGUAUAAGCAAAGAAGAUUAAUUGUAACUUAUAUAGAGAUCUAUUGGAUUAUUUAGAGUAAGAACUUGGAAAAAAUGCAAAAAAUUAAUUUAUUUUAAUUACAAAAAGUUAAUAUAAUCAAUAAUUUGAACAGGUUAUGCAUUAAAUGAUGAAAAUAAAUAUCAAUUAGCAAUUGAGUAAUGUGAAAAGGUUUUGAUAGAAGAACCUUAACAUCUACAUGCAUUGUAUAGAAAAAGUAAUUUUUUUUAAAAUAGGCUUUUGGUUAUCAUAUUUGAAUGAACAUUAACAAGCGAUUUAAUGUAUUGAUAAAGCCUUAAAUUAUAAUUCAAAUUAUUGUGUUGGUUAUUUCAAUAAGGGUAAUUUAUUAGUUUAUGAUUGUAAGGGUAUUCACUAGGUUUUCUUGGAAAAUAUAACAAGGAAAUAGUGUGCUAUGAUAAGGCAAUCAAAUUGGAUCCUAAUUUUGCAUAGGCCUAUAAUAAUAAGGGUUAAUAAUAAGUUUAUUAUUAGGUUAUUAGAGAUCAUAAAUUUGAAGAUAAAUGAUCUUAAAAAAUAUAAUGAGGCAAUAGUUUGCUAUGAUAAGGCAAUCCAACUGAAUCCUAAUUAUGCAUAGGCCUAUAAAAAUAAGGGUUAAUAAUUAGUUUAUUUUAGGUGCUUUAUUAGAUCAAUUGAAGAAGUAUUAAUAAGCUAUAGAAAAUUAUAAGCAAGCACUUUUGUAUUGCAAAUAAGACCAAAAGAAGUUUAAACAAUUAAUUAUAGAAGUAAGAAAUAAGAAAUGA